AUGAAAUUGAAUUCCCAAACCGAGUCAAGUCAUGAUUAUCUAGUCAAGAUCUAGAUUUAAAUUCUUUUCACAUAGUCUUAUAGAGUCUUAUUAGAUAUAAUAGAAAUAGUAGAAAUCAUAUAAAUGGACAUAAAUCUAGGAUUCGAAGAUGUAGAAGAAGCUGAAAUUGUUAAACAUCUGAGCAUCACAGCGUAUAUAAAUGAUAAUCCUUCACCCUACAUUGUUUCAUUUCCACGAGAGAAGUUUGAAGAGGAUUAUCUAAAAGCGGUUGAUUUGAAGUGCUUGAUCAUCUCUGAGCUUAAAGAAUAUCUUUCCAAUGAAGAACCAGCUAGUUUCUGCUUGUCUGGGAUUAAAAUUGGUGCUGAUGGUGUCGAAGAAAUAAGCUUUGAGGACAACGAGGCAUGCUCAACCUUUAUGAUUGAAUAUACAUUUACUGAAGGCUUCAGGAUAAGGGAAAGUAAUCACUAAAAUGAAAUAUAUUAAUAUAUCAUAGCAUGGGUUUUCUUCCAAAAGUAAAAGAAAUGAUAUUUGAUUGUAAUUGAGUUAAUAAUAAGGUAAAUUUUGAUUGUUCUUUUAUAUGUUUAUAAAUGGUGUUUACAAAGAGUGUUACAUUUUUCUAGUAAGUAAGUCAUACUUGUUACUUUCUUACUGUUUGCAUUUACCCAAAAUUAAUUAAACUCAUGUAACCUUCUCUUUUGCUGUUAGUCUUUAAAAAAAAAGAGAAUUACAUCAUAUAAGAUAAAAUACAUUUAUUACUUUUACUAGUUGAAACAUAUAAUAUAGUUCCUUAAUGAUAUGAUUCAUUUUAAAUGCUUAAAGCUAAGUUUAUUUAUUUUUUGUUGUUUUUUUCACUUGAAUUGAAAAUAAUGAAGAUAAUUUGUUAUGCUUGUGUUUUGUGUGUGCAUUUAUAGGUCUUGGACAAAAAGACAAAUAAAUAUAUCCUUUGUCGGACAAUACCUUUUUCUGCAUUAGAUAUGGCAGAUCACAGUUUGGUUUGCAAUUUGAAGAUACUGCACUCAUCCUUAUUUUUAAAAAUCGAAAUAUACCUUAUAUUAGUUAUAGGUCUUUUCUCAUGAAUAUUGUAGAUAAAUAUUACUAAAACACUUAUAGAAUGGUCCUUCAUAAUCUAAAGAGUGUCUUAUUAUUAUUUUCACUUAGUUUUUUUGUGGUAUUAUAGAAUGGUCCUUCAUAAUCUAAAGAGUGUCUUAUUAUUAUUUUCACUUAGUUUUUUUGUGGUACUAAUCUCUCACUCUCUCACUAACUCAUCAUUAUGUACUUACUCUAUUAACUCUUUAUCUCCGUAAUUAUUUUCCACGUUCUGACAGAAUUGUUCAUUUUUCACAUUUGUACAUUCUACCCUGUUAUGAUUUAUCUUCAAUAACAUUUUUGUGUGUUAUCAAAAAAGUUACUUUGGUAAAGAAUUUUAGGAGAUUACCUGCUUUUUUUAUAUAACAAAUAUAAGUUUAUAAAACCAAAAAAUUAAUUUAAUUUAAUGGGGUCAAAUCAACGAUACUAUUGUCAAUUAGAAAGAGUUAAAUAAGCAAGAUAAUGAGCUUGUCCAUUUAGAUUAAAGCACUGUUCUUUAUUCUCCUAAUUAACCUUCUUCCAAAAUACUAUGGUAUUCAGGAUGCUAUUCUGAUUGCUAGUGCAUGAUAAUGAGUAGAACCAACUUGAAGUGUCCAAAGGAACAGUGAUCAAUAAAUAAGACCCCUUCUAUCUCUUAAACUAUUACCUUAACUUUCUUCUUACCAGUGGAUUUCACUUAAUUCUUCUUACUAAACCAACCAACAAAGUAACUAUUGACGAAUAUGAAAUGGGUACAACUGAAGCAUUAAUUAGGAGUACUAACAAAAGUACAAGUAAAAUCUUUGGUACAAUGACUGUGGUUUCAUUAUGCUUAUAACUUUAAGGUGUCAUGAGGCCAGCACAAUCACCAACAGCUUUUAUUUUUACUCAGAAAUGCCAGGUACCCAUUACAGCUGGGUGGACUCUCAUGCCUUCUUAAAUCUGUUUAGUCCACUAAAAUUCAUGAAAAUGAAAUAAUUUAUUUUUUUAACAUAACAAGUUUCUUUCCAAGUAUCUUUUAUUUUGUUAUGGACACUAUCGAUACUUGUGUGACUAUUAAUUUUUGUUUUCUUAAACUUUGUUAUGGAUAGCUUUGUUUCUACUUCUUUUCUUUACAUGAUAUUUUGUGGGUUUUCAUAGUUAAGAUUCUUUGAUAGUAAGAUAAAUAUUUAUGCUAUUACGUUUUACAUUUUUUUUUUUUUUAUAUUUAAAAAAUAUAAAUUAAUUGUAGAAUUAGUUUACACAAAAUGAAUUAAAGUGUGUAUAUAUAUAUCAUAAGGCAUAUCAAAUUGGAAAUCUAGAGCAAAAAAAAAUCAAUUCUAAAGUGUGUUGAAUACAAAAUGAAAUCUGUACUGAAUAGUUAAAAAAUAGUCCUUGAAAGAUAAUGAUAUUAGUCUGUGCAAUCCAACUCAUUUGUAAAGAAUCAAUGUUAAUGAUAUGUUUUUAUUUAGCAUAAAGAGAUGUUAUUCAUUUAUGAUA